AUGGCACCAAACCAUCUCCUACGGGCAGUCAUGCCCCUACGAUCUUCCAUGACCGGAUCAACCACGACCAGCUCCUCCAUGACCUUCCUGCGUCCCACACAAUCAAGCCUCCUCACCAGCUCUAUCUCCACCAGACGAGCAUCAUCUACUACAACCCAGCAACAACAACAACCAGACCAACCCCAACAACAAUCCCCCAUACCCUCCGCGGCCAAGCCCCCAUCCCUCCGCGCCUACCCCUACACCAUCAAAACCGGCACCGUCGUCUCCGUCGGCCGGAUGGACCGUACCGUGCGCGUCGCCCACAACCACAACACCUGGGACUCGUACCUGCGCAAGAACUACCCCAAAACCACGACCUACCUGGUGUCGGACCCGCGCAACUCGCUCCGCCAGGGCGACGUGAUUGAGUUUUCGUCGGGGUUCCCCAAGAGCCGCAACGUGCGCCACGUCGUGGAGCGGAUUAUUGCGCCGUUUGGGUCAGAGAUUGCGGAGCGGCCGGCUGUCUUGUCGCGUGAGGAGAGGGAUGCGCUGAAGACGGAGAAGAGAGCGGCUAAGUGGGAGAGAAGAGAGGCGAGGAGGUUAGAGAAUGGUGGUCAGGGUGAGGGUGCUAAGGAGCAUGUUGGUCGCAUUCGACAGUUGAUUUUGGAGAGA